AUGUAUGGUUACAGUAAUUAUCGCAAUCCAGCUCUGACAAACGAAUUGAUUUCUGAUCUAUGGAUUGAACAAAAUGUGCCUGGUGGAUUAGAUAGUCCCUAUGGAGAAAUCUUAGACAAUGCAAUGGGUGGAAAUCCUAAUCCAACGUAUGGUCAAAUUAUGGGCGGUGCUCCUGGCGUUGGCGGUUACGGAUAUGGCACAUAUGGUGUUCAGUACGGUUAUCAAUAUCGUCGAUGGUAG